AUGACUACCUCACCCGAGAAGAAGCAAAAGACCGCGUCUUCUGCGUCUCGUAGCUCUUCGCUGCUGCGUUUCUACCGCUCGCCAGCACUCACGACGCACGCAACGCAGACGCUCUUGUCGUUUUUACGUACCCAAGUCAAAGCGGACCCGGACGUACAAGUGGACGACGUCGCGACUGAGUACUGUUUUUACAUCGAAACGACUGGUGAGGAGACGUUAUUGUCGUCGGAGAAUGAGACGCUUCAGUGGUUGCUCAGUGAGACAUUUGAGCCGCAGCAAACCCGUGCCGGUGAAUCGUUCAUUGGAAAUAGCGACAAUCAGGCGAACGAAUGGCUCGUGGAAAUUGGACCUCGCAUGAACUUUACCACCGCGUGGUCGAGUAAUGCUGUAGCCAUUUGUCACGCUUGUGGCCUCACGUCGAUUAAGCGCAUUGAACGGGCGACGCGGUAUUUAGUGCGCUAUCGAGCAACGUCGAGGGAUGCUGUGGAGACGGUGAAGACGGCGCUUUUGCGGCAAGAAUGUGACCGGAUGACGCAGCAAGUGUACGACGAGCCACUGACGAGCUUCUGGCAUGGCAAGACUGUGCAGCCUGUACGCACGAUCCCCAUUAUGGAACGGGGGCUGGAUGCACUCAAGGAGAUUAACGACGACGUUGGACUGGGCUUUGAUGAGUGGGAUCUGCAGUAUUACUUGAAUCUGUUUAAAAACAAGUUGCGUCGUAACCCGACGGAUGUCGAGUGUUUUGACAUGGGACAGAGCAACUCGGAGCACUCGCGGCAUUGGUUUUUCGGUGGCAAGAUUGUGGUGGAUGGGCAGGAGAUGCCGCAAACACUUUUCCAGAUGGUCAAGGAUACGUUGACGGAUAGUGCCAAGCAGAACAGUAUCAUUGCUUUCCACGACAACUCGUCGGUUAUUAAAGGGGCUAACAUUGUGACGCUCGGACCUGUGACUCCUGGGGAGCCCUCGCCGGUGCAAGAGCGCACGCUCGACAGCCACCUGCUACUUACUGCAGAGACGCACAACUUUCCGUCUGGUGUGGCCCCGUUUCCUGGCGCUGAGACUGGAACUGGUGGCCGCAUUCGUGAUGUGCAGGCCACUGGUCGAGGCGCUAAUGUUGUUGCUGGUAUCAGCGCUUACUCUGUGGGUAAUCUUAACCUCGAAGGUUACCGGCUUCCGUGGGAGGACGAGAAGCUGGAGUACCCGUCCAACCUCGCUCACCCGCGUGACAUCCUCAUCCAGGCUUCGAACGGUGCUUCAGACUAUGGCAACAAGUUUGGUGAGCCCGUUGUAUCGGGAUUCGCCCGUUCUUUCGGUAUGGUGCUGCCUAAUGGCGAACGGCGCGAGUACAUCAAGCCGAUCAUGUUUUCCGCUGGUCUUGGCCAGCUGGACGGCCGUCACUGCACCAAGGGUGAACCAGAGAUUCAGAUGUGGGUCGUGAAGAUUGGUGGGCCGUGCUACCGUAUCGGCAUGGGAGGCGGUGCUGCUUCCAGUCGUAUCCAAGAUGCCAAGACUGCUGAAUUGGAUUUUAAUGCUGUGCAACGUGGAGAUGCCGAGAUGGAGUGCAAAUUGAACAAGGUGAUUCGCUCUUGCUGCGACCUGGGCGAGAACAACCCCAUUGUUUCGAUUCACGACCAGGGCGCUGGUGGUAACGGCAACGUGCUGAAGGAGAUUGUCGAAGUGUCGAACUCGAAGCCAGGAGAUGCUAACCGCGGUGGUGCUCGCUAUGAGGUGCGCAACAUCCUGGUCGGUGAUGACACGCUGUCCGUUCUUGAAAUCUGGGGCGCUGAGUACCAGGAGAACGACGCGCUUUUGCUCCGUCCAGAACAUGUCAGGCUGUUUGACAAGAUUUGCAAGCGUGAGAAGUGUCCGUAUGCGCUGCUGGGCCAAGUGACUGGAGAUGGGCACGUGGUUCUGCACGAUUCGAAGGAUGACUCUAUUCCUUUUGACUUGGAUCUUGACCUUGUGCUGGGCAAGAUGCCGCAGAAGACCUUUGUCGAUACGAAGGCUACAGAGAUUGUCUCGGAGCUGUCACUCCCCGUGGAUAUCACUCUGCGUGAUGCACUGGACCGUGUCCUGCGUCUUUUGUCGGUUGGCUCGAAGCGGUUCCUGACUAGCAAGGUGGAUCGCUCCGUGAGCGGCUUGAUUGCACAGCAGCAGACUGUCGGCCCGCUCCAGCUGGCCCUCGCGGACUGUGCUGUUGUGGCGCAGUCCAAUGUGCCAAACAGCGACGGCAAGUUUUCUGGCGUGGUAAGCGCCUGUGGCGAGCAGCCUGUUAAAGGCCUGGUGAAUCCCGGAGCCAUGGCUCGCUUAAGCGUGGGUGAGUCACUUACAAACAUGGUGUGGGCGGCUCUUGGUGGACGCGGUCUCGAUGACUGCAAGUGCUCUGCCAACUGGAUGUGGGCGGCCAAGUUACCCAAUGAGGCUGCGUGCAUGUACGAGUGCUGUGAGGCGAUGACUACGUUCAUGAAGCAGGUGGGUGUGGCUGUUGAUGGUGGCAAGGACUCGCUGUCCAUGGCUGCGAAGGUUAACAACAAAGACGUGAAGACGCCUGGUACGCUGGUGAUCACCAUGUACGCACCAACGGAGGACGUCGAGCUGAAGGUGACACCUGACCUUAAGACCCACAUCGAUGACAGUCUGCUGUACUACGUAGACGUGGGCAAAGGUGAGAACCGACUGGGUGGUUCGGCGUUAGCGCAGGUGUAUGGCCAGGUCGGCAAUGUUGCACCGGACGUCGAGGACGCCGAGUUGUUCAGAAACGCGUUUAACGGCAUCCAAACUAGCAUUAAAAAUGGCCUUUUGCUUGCUGGCCACGAUCGUAGUGAUGGUGGUCUUAUUAUCACGCUGUUAGAGAUGGCAUUUGCUGGCAACUGCGGUCUCGAUGUCGACAUUCCGUUCACGGGCGACAAGGUCUUGACGAAGGACGUGAUUCAGGUGCUCUUCGCCGAAGAGCUUGGGUUUGUAUUCCAGGUUGCUGGUAAUCAGCAUGCCAAUGAGGUGGAGUCUAUCUUCAGUAGCCUGAAUGUGCCGCUUGUGAAACUGGGCAAGGUCACUACCGAUGGUGUCAUUACGGUGCGCAUCAAUGGCGAAAGUGUCGUUCAGGACCAAAUGGUGGAUCUUCGAGAUGUGUGGGAGGCGACAAGUUUCGAGCUCGAGAAGCGUCAGUGCAACCCUGAGUGUGUGGCGCAGGAGCAGCGUUCAUUGCGUACCCGCACAGGUCCGUCAUGGAAAGUGACUUAUGAGCCUGAACCGACGCCAGAGCGCCAAUUGAGUACGCGUGCUCAGCACCGUGUAGCUGUUCUUCGUGAAGAGGGUAGCAACGGGGAGCGGGAGAUGCUCGCUGCAUUCCACCAUGCUGGUUUCGAGGUCUGGGACAUCACGAUGUCGGACUUGGUACACAAGCGUGUGGUGCUGGACGAGCGAUUCCGUGGCGCGGCGUUCGUAGGUGGCUUCACUUUUGCUGAUGUACUUGGCUCAGCCAAGGGCUGGUCUGGUGUGGUGAAAUACCACGGUGACGUGUUAAAGCAGUUUACGGCGUUCAAGGCUCGCGAAGACACGUUUAGUUUUGGUGCGUGCAACGGUUGCCAGUUCAUGACGCUGCUUGGCUGGCUCGAUCACCCAGAGGCCAAAGCAUUGGAGGAGGAGACGCAGACGUCUGCUCAGCCACGUUUUGUGCACAACGAAUCAGGACGUCACGAGUCUCGUUUCGUGUCGGUGCAGAUUCAGGAGUCGAACUCAGUGAUGUUGCGUGGCAUGGCCGGCUCUUCCAUUGGUGUGUGGGUCUCGCAUGGCGAAGGCCGCGCACAUUUUACGCACGCAAAGAUUCAGGAAAAGUAUAUAUCAAGUGGUGCGGCUGCUAUUCGCUACGUGGACGACUCGAACGUGCCCACGGAGGAGUACCCGUUCAACCCGAAUGGCUCACCCGAAGGUAUUGCCGGUCUCGUGUCGAGCGACGGUCGUCAUCUGUGUCUCAUGCCGCAUCCGGAACGCUGUUUCUUGAAGUACCAGUGGCCGUACAUGCUGGCGGACUUUGAGAAGUAUUCCGCGAGCCCAUGGAUGCGAAUCUUCCAGAAUGCCAAGACAUUCUGUGAAGGUUCGUCUUCGUAG